CGAAAUUUUGGUAACCAUGGACUCCGGAAAGUGGGGUGGUCGCCGCCCGGGCUCCGGUUUGAAAACUGAACUGGAAGUGAGGUGGGUGCAGGGAUUCACCAAAAAGAAUAUUGGCUUUGUAAACAAAAGGACUGUCUGUUAUCCUUGUGGCAAUUACAUAAUUUUUAUUCACAUUGAAACACUGGACAGAACAAUCUUGCGGUGUCGCAGUGGAAGUAUAGGAGCCUUUGCAGUGAGCCCGAACCAAAAUGUAGUUGCUUAUUCUGACAGGCAGCUGAAUCCUACAAUCUAUAUCCACAGUUAUCCAGGACUAAAAAAACAGGCCAAAUUAAAAGGACAAGUCAACCUGGACUAUUCCUUGCUUGCAUUCAGUUACACUGGUCCUUACCUGGCCAGUUACUCCUCACUCCCGGAAUUUUCUCUUACAAUAUGGGACUGGAACAAAAAAGUUAUUUUGUGCAGUGAGUCACACCCAGGAGUAGAGGUGACCACAAUGAGUUUUAAUCCCAUGAGCUGGCACCAGUUGUGUUUACAUAAUGGGACUUCUGUUACUCUUUGGAACAUUGAAAGAAAUAAUGAAGAGCACAUUUUGAAGUCAACGCCAGUAAAACUUCCUGCUGAGGACGGAUCUUUAGUAGAUGAACAAAACAGUUUCUUUUCUCAUCCCAAUGUCCAUGAUCCUUACUUUGGCCCUGUCCUGCCCAAUUCAGCCAUUGCUGGCCUGGUAGGAGAUGAAGCAGAAACGUUUAAGCCUAAAGAUGACAUUCAACCUUGUGUUCACCCUACUGUCCAUUGCUGGACUCCAACAUCUGAUCUUUAUAUGGGCUGUGAAGAAGGAUAUUUUUUUAAAAUUGGUGCAGACACAUUCAAGGCUGUAAUUAUCCAUCAAAAGCUUUCCCCAGAUGCUAAAGCAAAAAAACGGGCAACUUUUCGAUCGAUAUCACAGAAUGCUAUAAAAGUGGAAGGUGAUGGAAGGAAGGAAGCUCAAAAUGUCAUCCUGUUCACCAUGGCACUUCAUAAGGAUGGACUCUACGCAGCUGGAAGUGAUGGUUUCGUGCGUUUUUAUAGAAUCAAAGGCAACAGUUUUCAGAUGGAAGACUGCCUGGAAGUGGAGGAGCCCAUAACAAAUCUUGUCUUCUCCCCUGAUUAUGUGUACUUAUUAGUAGAAACAGAAAAGGGAUCACUCUGCAUUUUUAAUCCUAAUGAUAACGAAGAUGUUAUUGAGUUAUUGGAUGCUAGUAUAAGCCGGUUUGUAGCUGCUGAUUUUGUUGUUCCAGGAAACAAGCACUGUGUGUCUGUAGCAGAAUCAGGAGAGGUGCACGUUUGGCAGCUGGAAGAUGGCUCUUUUGUCAGCAAGCUAUGCCUACAUACCUUGGUUACUGCUAUGGCCUGUAGCCUGUCCUCUUACUGUGUCGCAGUGGGAGCCAAAAAGGGCCACGUCUACUUUGUAGAUCUUACUGUUGCUGAAGCUCCUCGGGUGGUUCACCGGGUUCUCCUUACUGAGAGUCCUAUUCAAUUUUUGCACUAUGAACAAAGCGGUCAGUUUCUCAUAACAUCAACUACGGAUGGAUAUAUCUUUAUUUUAGAUGCUAUGCCCUCAAAAUCAUUUCAAGUCCUUGGAUACGUAGCAAUGACUAGUGAGGUUGUUGACUUAACUUCAGCCUAUGAUGUGGAGAAGAAUUCAACUGAAGUGGUUGUACUCCUUUGUCCGCCAGAGAUCAAAAGGGCAAGAGUAGAGAUAUUUAAUCUUCCUUCAAAGAUUAUUCUCGAUAAUGAUGAGUGUGUUACUGAAAGAGGGCUGUUGAAAGAAAAUGUCAUUCAGACACGUGGGUAUGAACUGGAGUACCCUCUGACUUCUGUGGUCAAGCGGAAAGACAGUAUAGUGCUUGGCUAUGCUAGCCAGGCACCUUUCAUCUGUAAAUAUCAUCUUACCUCAAAGAUAACCUGGAAAGACCAGCCAAUCAUUUUGUCAGAGAAAAAGACAGCAAGCAAACAGUGUGGACAGGCUUUCCUGCGUUUGUCACCUCAUGGCAAGUGGUUAGCUUCAGCUGCAGAGAGUGGCCUAUUGUUUAUCCAUGAUGCUUCAAAUAUGGAGGUUCUGAGUCAUGAGCACUGCCAUUCAUAUCACGGACGAGGAAUCAGAUCUUUGGCAUUCUCACUGGAUGGCCAAAAUAUUCUUGUAAAUGGCUUGCAGGACGGAGCACUUGUUUGCCUGAAAUGGAAGAGGUUGGGAGAGCGCAAAUUGAAGGAUGCCACUGACUAUGCAACUUACCUUCUUAACAACAUGCUUGAAAACUAUAUUUUCUGUGAAAACUUAUUUCUAAAGACCAUGUCAGAAUGGACGAUGACAUCAAAUCCCACUUAUAAGUUGUCCUUUGAGAGUAUUUCUUCUCAGAAGGGAUCUAUUAUUGAUACAACAGAACAAGAUGAAUACUUUCUUCUGACUCAAGCAAAAUCUGAUGAGACAACAUGGCUAGACCAGAAAGCGGAGAAGGCUAUCAAGGACGAAACUAACAAGUUUACUGAAAAGAGAAAAGAAGUAAAAAAUGGAAUUAAACUGCUCCGCAAAAAGAUUCAGGAAAUGAUGUAUGAAAAUGCCAUGGUACCUAAAAAUGAGAAAUUGGAACAACAGGAGUUCAAUCUGGACAUAGAAGAACAAGAGAGACAGCAAGUGCAUAGUGAAACAGAAGUGGAAAGGGUAAGGAAGGAUAUAGAGAUGGAAAAUCUAGCCAAUUGCUAUUUACGUGAGCUCAUCAAACAAGAAUGCUGGGAUAACAUGGCUAUUAAAGGGCGUUCAGUUAAGGCCUUCCACACACACUGCAAAGUUCAGAAUUACCCAAUGAAAGAACGGAGUUUGGAAGAACAGCAGAUGUUGGACAGGAUUCUGUAUUUAAAGAAGAUUGAAUCAACAGAUCUAAAGCUUCGAAGGCAAAUCGUUGAAUUUGAAUCUCAACCUUCAGGCAUUAAAGAGGAAGGAGAAAAGACAGAAGAAGGGGAGAAGCAGGAAGAAGAAAAAGUAGAUGCCCUGGUGGGGAGCCUGAGUUCACGUUAUGGUGGAGAUACAUCCAUUUUAUACCAUCAGCUGGAACUGCACACUCGGGAGGAGAAGAUUAAUCAGAUUAUAUUGCUACGGAACAUAAUUUACAAUGUGAAGAAUGCUUUCAAUAAGGAGUUUGACAGUGUCACCCGAAUGAAAGAGCUGGAAAUUGGACGUGUGAAAGAGAGGAACGUGAGGAUCUCAGAGAUCUUGAAUAAGCUGGAGAUUCAUGAGGAAAUUUGGGUGCCAACUCUUUCAGAUGCAGAGAAGCCAGAUCGAGCACUGAUAGUUCUGGAAUCAGAGAUCAAAGCAGAAAAGUACUUGACCCCACUGCAGAAAGCAAAAGAAAAAAUUAUGGCUAGAAUUAACUAUAAACGGCGUCUUGCUGCUCAGGAGGACAAUGCAAGAGAGCGUGGCCUUUUGGACAUGAUGAAUGGAGUCCUUGAAAUAAAAAAAGAAGAUAUUUUAAAGAUGGAAAUUCCACCACCUCCUUUUGCAUUCAAACAAGAAGCACUGUGGAAUGAAGAUGAAAAAAAAAUAUAUAAAGAAUAUGAGAAGAAAGUUAAGGAACUGAAUGAAGAAAAAGAAAAACACCGUAAGAUUCUGGAAACUGAAUUGAGAAAACUUCAAAGCUCUGUUCAGGAAACUACACAGACAUUUGAUGAAAUCGUGCUAAGGCUCUUUGAGAAAAAAGUCAAUUCAGAAAUGGUUAUAUACCAGGAAGAACUCAAAAUAACUAACCUCCUUUACUCACUGCUUUUGGAUGAAGAGCUGAGCACAAGAGAAGCUGGGCUCCAUUGCUACCUUAAUAAAAAGAGGAAGGAAAAGAUAAUAUCUAAUGAAGGAGUCAAGACAUCCAGAUCAGAAGUGGAUGCUUACAGAGAAUCCUACGACAUCUUAGUUGUCGAAGACAAACUUAUGGAACGUGGAUUUAGAAAGGAAUUUUCAGAUCUUGCCACUCAUCACAUUGAUCAGCUAUUCAAACUUUACAAACGUCGACCAAGGGCUCUCAAAGCAAAGGUUCUAGUUGAUUCUCCUAACCCCUAUGGUGAACGGCCAGGCUCUGCAAAAGCUUAUAAGGAUGCUCUUGACCAUUUAAUGAAAGCUAUUGAAGAAAUGGACGACCCUGAAAACAGGCCUGAGGGUCUGGACCUUGCCAACUGGGAACGUUUCUGUGCAGCCAGACAAACCAAAGUAGAAAGCGAACAGCUGGUGAAGCAAAAAGCGCUAAUACUUGCAGAAAUGCAGACCUUCCUUCAGAAGAGGAUUGAAGAUGAUGAGAAGCUUCGGAAAGACAUUGACCAAGUUUUUGCUGAGCUCAAUCUGUUGCGAGAGCAGAAGAUGAAAUUUCAGUUGGAUUUGAUGGUCCAGUUUCUCUUUAAACAAGGGCAAGUGGAGCUAGAGGGUACCAAUUUGAUACCAGAUUACACAGAUGCUAUUCUUAUGAACAGGAGCAUUAUUGAAGAACUGAACAGCGUAAUUCGGGCUCAAGGAGAAAGGAAAGUUGCCAGCAUGGUGGAAAGCAAAGAUUUCCGCAAAGGGAUAUUCCAGCUGGAAUGGGAACAUAAAAAAAUGCAGAUGCAGGUGGAUGAUCUGAACCAAAAGGCUCGAGAUAUUCAAAAACUGAACGUUACAAAAGAUCAUCAGAUUUUCUUAACGGCAUUAAACUAUGAUAGCCGAAUCAAUCAUGAGGUCUCAGUACUGGAAGGAACGCUUAAUUUUCUAGAUAAGGUUCACAAGAAAAAUGUGCAACAGUGUGAGAAAGUCAUCAGAGAGUUGGAGAAACAAAUAAGUCUGAAAGACCUAGCAAACCAAAAACUUAGCAAGGAAUUACAAGAAAUGCUCGUUACUGUGUCAGAAAGGCGGCACAUUCAUGAGGCUACUGACUCAGAGAUGCUUAAUCAAAAGAUUGCUAAAGAGCAUUAUGAGGACAUUGUACAGAGACAGCAGCUUGUGGAUCUUGCAAAAGCACAGGCUCAGGAGUUGUCAGUCCUUCAAGCUGAAGUGGAGAGGCUAAGAAUGAGAACAUUCCCAGCUUUCUUUGAUGUGCAAGAGUUUUAGCAAAGUGAUGUUUCCACAACUAGAAGCAAUAAAGCAAUCUUACAAAAUUGCAGGAGUUUGCUCGCAAGGGUCCCCCCAUUUCUAACCACACUUCAGGUAGCUUUAGAUAUUACAUUGUAAGCCAUUUUGAUUCUCAAAGGACUAUGAUUAUUCACUAUGUAUUUUACAAUGGAAUAAACAAUUUUAGGAAUUACCUGUAUUUUAUUUCUCUU